AUCGUGGUCGAAUCAUUGUUGAUAUCUGACUCGAUCUCACAAGGCUGAGUCGGAGGGGUUCGCUGCUUCGCCUGCCCCGCCUGAUCGAGUGUGGGGUGAGAUGGCAGAGUCAUGCAUUGAGUCUACUAAGGCGAUCCCAUCUAUAUAUCGCCACCAAAGCCUAGCAUCUCCAUUUCGUUCAGCAAUGGUACCUCGAAUACGGAUCUAGUCGCACCUGAGAUACGAUCGAUCCCAACGCUACGAUAUCCGAGAUGACGACCAGAGCGGAACGCUAUAAGCAAGCUCCACAAUCAGCGAGUGAAAGAAGAGCUGGGGAGUCUGCUCUUAGCGACUUCGCCGACUAUGUGCAGCAGCAGCAGGCCCUACGGAAAGUGCCCAUCACGACCGCGACUAACGGGUCCGCCAAUGGCGCGCCGAUCAAGCAUGAGCAUGCCGAACUCGACAUCCUUGACACCCUAGAUCUCGCAGACGAUAGGCCGAAAGUCAGGUUAAAACAGCUGCUCCUUGACGAUUCUGCCACGAAAGACGACAGCAUCAAGCAAUUGAGGGACAUCAUCCAAGACCGAUUAGACGAAGGGCAUGGCGAGUGCUUGUUCGAUGUCGGAUUGGAAGACGAUGGCGACACACAGCUGUUGACGGAGGCGGAAUGGGACGCCGCGCUUGCACGACUACGAAGCUUGUUGGGAACGCUCAAAGCGGACUACAGGACGCUUAUGACGAAGAACGUGCCUAACAGCGAGGUAGACGUUGGCAACGAGCUGAAGAAAGAGCGAGGGUGCAUAGGGAAGUUCUUACUACGAAGACAGCCGGAAGACGUCGACGAUACCAUCGAGACGCGGAUAGCCGUCGUUGGCAAUGUCGAUGCUGGCAAGAGCACUCUACUUGGCGUGCUUGUUAAGGGCGGGCUGGACGACGGCAGAGGCAAGAUGCGAGUCAACCUCUUCCGACAUAAGCAUGAGAUCGAGUCCGGCAGGACUAGCUCUGUGGGCAUGGAGAUUAUGGGCUUCGACACGAAGGGUGAGGUUGUCGUGUCCGGCGUCCCAGGACGGAAGCUCAGCUGGGAGGAGAUAGGCAAACGCUCCGCGAAGGUUAUCUCCUUCACGGACCUUGCAGGUCACGAGCGAUACCUGCGAACCACCGUCUUCGGCUUGUUGAGCAGUGAGCCAAACUACUGCUUACUAAUGGUUGCGGCGAACAACGGCUUGAUCGGCAUGUCGAAAGAGCACCUCGGCAUUGCCUUGGCGCUCAAUGUGCCGGUCAUGGUGGUGGUCACCAAAAUCGACAUCUGUCCGCCCAAUAUCUUGCAGCAGACGCUCACCCAGCUGACAAAGAUUCUGAAAUCGCCGGGAGCGCGAAAGAUACCGAUCUUCAUCAAGAAUCGAGAGGAGUGCGUCAAUACAGCUACUCAGUUUGUCAGCCAAAGGAUAUGUCCCAUCUUCCAGGUCUCGAACGUGACAGGCGAAAGUCUGGACCUUGUGCGAGAGUUCCUGAACAUCCUACCACAUCACGGAAAGUACGAUGUCGAUGCGCCUUUCGAGUUCCAUGUUAAUGAUACAUUCUCCGUGCCGUUCGUCGGCACCGUCGUCUCCGGAGUGGUCAAGUCAGGGGUCGUACAUGCUGGAGACACCGUGCUUGUUGGACCGGACAGUCUAGGCCAGUUCACAACGACCACAAUCAGGUCGAUCGAACGGAAACGGAUACCAGUACCAGCAUGCUCAGCAGGUCAAAGCGCGUCUUUCGCACUACGCAGAGUACGAAGAAAGGACGUCCGGAAAGGCAUGGUCGUCUUACUGGCCAAAUCCGAAGCUAAUCCAAACGCUCCGCUGUCCCAGCCCAAGGUCUUCCGCGAGUUCGUUGCAGAGGUGCUCAUCUUAUCGCACGCUACGACCAUCCGGACGAAAUACCAAGCCAUGCUGCAUGUGGGACCGGUCAGUCAGACCUGCGCCAUCAUAGACAUUGACCGAGCGUACAUCCGCACCGGUGACAGGGCGACAGUGGCGUUCCGAUUCGUGCAAAGACCGGAGUUCCUGGCUGUUGGCGAUCGAAUAUUGUUCAGAGAAGGCAGGACCAAAGGUUUAGGUAUCGUGAAGCAAGUAGGCUAUGAUCCAGCAAAGCCGCUGAAUCCGGAGUUGGCGAAGGAGAGGGAGCAACUGGAGGCUAACGGGCACCAGACCGAGAAGUCUGCCGCUCCAAAGACAGUGGCGACAUGACAAUUCUGCGCUUGAAUUGAUGUCGCCUAACAGCCUGUGUAUUGCCGUUGGCUGACGAUGUUGGAGGUCUUACCAGGCUCUACUUCUUGAGCACUUGCUUUGCGACCCUGCGCUCGGUCUCCUCCAGUAGCUUCGUCACGCUCAUCCACCGGUCCUUCUCUCCGGGUCCAGUUAGCACCACCUUGUACUCCUUGCGGCGCCGUCAGCAACGUUCUUACGUUCUUCGAUCAUCUUGAGCGCACUUUAUGAACGCUGGCCGACUUGGGAUCAGUGGCCACAAGCGAAGCGAAAUGCAUAAGACCGCUCGGUGCUUGCGCGGUGAUCACCUUCAAAUCAUGCUCUCGCGGGAACAAAACCUCGGCAUUAGCUUCACACGCUGUCAGCCAUGGCAUGCUUCGGUGGUUCGCUCCUUUAGAUUGUUGCGAGUCAUGAGUCGCGCCACCUACCGACAGUCUGCGCGAUGGUGUCCGCAAUCGUGCCGGUCUCAGAAGUGC